CGACUCGCUUGUUUCACUACGAACAUCUUAGACUCGCGGACACAAAACAACCGUUUUCUAUACACAAACAACAUAACUAUAUCGUAAAAUUACUCUUGGUUUUAAUAUACAACUAUGAGCUCCUCGUCGACCGCGGUGCUGCUGGAAACGAUCAACUUCGCCGCAGAGAAACAUCGCAAUCAGCGCCGCAAAGAUCCUGAUGCCACACCAUACAUCAAUCACCCCAUAGGGGUGGCAAGGAUUUUAAGUCACGAGGGUGGAAUUACAGAUAUUGAAGUUUUACAAGCUGCAUUGCUUCAUGACACCGUCGAGGACACUGACACAAGCUUCGAGGAGCUGGAGGCUGUGUUUGGACCAACUGUGACGAGGAUCGUCCAGGAGGUUACUGAUGACAGGACAUUACCAAAAGAGGAGAGGAAGCGGCUGCAAGUGGAGCACGCACCGCACCGCAGCCAUCAGGCCAAGCUGGUGAAACUAGCUGACAAGUUGUAUAAUUUGCGGGACCUCAAUCGUUGCACUCCGUCUGGUUGGACGCCAGAAAGGGUUCAAGAAUACUUUGUGUGGGCUUCUCAAGUGGUAAAAGGCCUCCGUGGGACCAAUGCAGCACUCGAGGAGAAAAUGCAGCAGCUCUUUUUGGAGAGAGGAGUGCAGUUAUGAUGAUGUCACAAGCCACUGGUUGAAAUUAAAUGAUGGUGCUUUUUCUUUUCUUUUUUUUUAACUGAUCAUCAUGGAAUAAAGGGAAAGUUCAGGUCACCUGGAAGUCAGUCUUUCUUCUGUGGAACACAAGAGGAGACUUUAAAGGGAUGCUCCAGCCCAAAAUGAAAAUUUUGUCAUUAAUAAUCACUUACCCCCAUGUCGUUCUAAACCCGUAAAAGCUCAGUUCGUCUUCGGAACACAAUUUAAGAUAUUUUGGAUGAAAACCAGGUGGCUGAAAAUGGAUGAAAACCAGAAAAGUAUGAAAGAAAUCGUCAUUCUUGUGGCUUCAUAACGUUACAGUUGAACCACUGAUGGCAGAUGGACUAUUCUGACGAUUUCUUUCAUACUUUUCUGGACCUUGACAGUGUAAUUUACUUGGCAGUCAAUGGGACAGUCACAAGCCUCCCGGUUUUAAUCCAAAAUAUCUUAAAUUGUGUUCCGAAGACAAACUGAGCUUUUACUGGUUUGAAACGAAAUGGGAGUAAGUGAUUAACGACAACAUUUUCAUUUUGGGGUGGAGUAAGGAAGGCUUCCUCUACUUUUUCUUUGGUGUUCCACUUAAUAAAGUCAUGCAGAACAACAUCAGGGCGGGUGAAUGGUUUAUUAUUAAGGUUUAAUUCGAUAAUUGUAUUUAAUAAUAUGAAAAAGUGUAUAAUACAUGCAAAGACAUAAAAAGCAAUAAAAGUUUUGUUAAAUGUGACAAA